AUGUCUACCGACUUUUGGGCCGGCUACCUAAGCGGGGCAGUCGGCAUCCUAGUUGGCAACCCACUCGAUAUCAUCAAAGUUCAACUACAAGCUGGUAAUACUCUCGUCAAUGGCACGAGGCUCCAGGGUACCACGGCUCUGGUGACGGGGAUAGCGGCUCCAGUUAUUGGAUAUGGUGCGCUAAAUGCCCUGCUCUUCGUAUCCUACAAUCGUUCCGAAAGUAUUCUUCAAAAAGCCAUCGGUUCAGGCUCAGACAAGAGCCUAUGCGCGACAUGGUUUGCUGGAGCAGUAGGUGGGCUUGCUACCUGGGUAGUGAGUGCUCCAACCGAACUUGUCAAAUGUCGUGCUCAGAUGUCAGCAUCAUCUGAGAGCAGCUGGAGCAUUGCACGCAACGUAUGGAAGAGGGAAGGGCUUCACGGUUUCUACCUGGGCGGUGUGGUUACGGCACUUAGAGACAGUAUAGGAUACGGGUUCUACUUCUGGUCCUAUGAACUAGCGAAUAGGCAUUGGCCCUCCAGCAUCCAAACUGAAACUCCAUCCCUACGCCAGGAGACCCCUAAGAUCCUGCUAUGCGGGGGACUUGCAGGAAUCGUCACCUGGGCAAGUGUGUUCCCCCUGGAUUCAAUCAAAACCCGAGUCCAGACUCAGCAAUCAAUCGUACAUCCCCAAGCUGCUUCGAUCAAACACCGCCCUGAUUCAGAGGGCUUCCAGUCGACGAAACGGCUUGGCUCUCUAGAUGUUGUUCGAACUAUGGCUAGGGAAGGAGGGCUGCCUAUAUUCUUCCGCGGCUUAACUGUUUGCAGCAUUCGUGCCUUCGUCGUCAAUGCAGUACAGUGGGCUGUGUAUGAAUGGGUUAUGGUGGAGUUUUGCAGAGAUUACAAAACGAGAAGAAUAGAACAUAGAGGCAGUAUGACUGUUGAUGAACGCUGA